CAUUUUCCACCCCGCGUACCCCUCUAUAAGAAAUUUUUUCGACCGCACCACCAUUUUCGAUGUAUGCGGUGUUGCGUGAUUGCCUGCGAGUUCGAGCGUGUGUGUUUGUUGUGUUGUAGAAAAGAUUGUUGAAACCUAUAAAGAGCGAAUUCUCUUACUCGAGUAGCGCGAAUCUUCUGCAUAAUUUCCGUAUAUUGUGGACUCAGAGAUAAAUAUGUCGUCGUACAUUCAGGUCGCUGAGGACGAGGGAGAAGAGCCCAUUGAACUGCCCACUGAGGAUGAUAGUACACUCUUGUUGACGACUCUUGCGGCCCAAUUCCCCGGAACUUGUGGCCUCAAAUAUCGUAAUCCUGAAUCCAGGACGAUGCGCGGCGUCCGCCUCGUUGAUGGUCGUCUUCAUCCUCCUGAAAAUGGUUGGGGCAAGGCGGUCUAUUUCUGCGUCUUCCCAAAAGAAAAUAAACGUAAGUCUGACGAUAAUUUGGAAAAUUCGACAGCAAAGACUAAAAGAAUGGAAACAAAAUUACGAUGCACUGACCUAAUUGUGCUUGGUUUGCCUUGGAAAACAACUGAGCAAAAUUUACGAGAAUAUUUUGAAACCUUUGGAGAGGUUUUAAUGGCACAGGUGAAAAAAGAUGCAAAAUCGGGUCAAAGUAAGGGAUUCGGUUUCAUCAGAUUUGGUAGUUACGAAUCUCAAUUGAGAUGUUUAGCACAACGGCACAUGAUCGAUGGUAGAUGGUGUGAUGUUAAAGUUCCUAACAGCAAGGAGGGAAUGAUUCAACAAGUGCCCUGCAAGGUAUUCGUGGGACGCUGUACCGAAGAUCUAACUGCUGACGAUCUACGUGACUAUUUCUCAAAAUUCGGUGAAGUCACGGACGUUUUCAUUCCGAAACCGUUUCGUGCAUUUUCAUUUGUGACGUUCCUUGAUCCCGAGGUGGCUCAAUCGCUCUGCGGCGAGGAUCAUAUUAUAAAAGGUGUCUCCGUUCAUGUCUCCAAUGCUGCGCCAAAAUCCGAGGGUAACAAUCGUAAUUUCAAUAAUCAAAUGAAUUCAAAUAUGCGAAGUCGCGGUAUGCCAGGUGGACCAAUUGAUAAUAAUAUCCAAGGGAAUUAUCAAGGGAAUCGUUAUAUUGGUCAUUCGGGCAAUAAUAUGGGACCCAAUGGCUGGAAUAAUCCGGGCAAUCGUGGUAAUCUCGAUAUGCCAAAUCUUCAGGCAUUGGGCAUUACUGGACAGAAUAAUGGCGGUGGUGGUGGCGGUGGAAUGUCAAAUCAAUUGGCAAUGAGCGGUUUAAAUCUUUCCACAUUACCAGUGAAUCCAGCAUUGGUUGCCGCUGCAUUGAAUCACGCAUCAUGGGGUUUAAUUGGCAAUUUACAAAAUCAGGGCAACGAUCAGGGCUAUUCGAAUCAGCCGGGACCACCGGGACAGCCACCAUCGGGAAAUAAUAGUCUUGGGAAUAGUGGCAAUUCAGGUUUUCUCAAUUGGAUGAAUCAAGGCGGUGGCGAUGGUAAUUCCGGUAAUCCAGGUUCCGCUGGUCCUGGACCAAAUAAUCAAAAUCCAUCGCAAGGCGCUUGGCAAAAUCACCCCGUUCAGCGAGACGGCAAGUCGAAUACAUUUCUUAAGUACGAGUAAAUUCCGUCGGGACUCUGAGUCUACUCGUAAAAGGCGGGCACGGUCCCUGAGUCCCGAAACUUUAGCAUUGGAUUAUUGCAGAGGUCAGGAGAAUCAUUUUAAAUAUAAAAAACAAAUUGGCCGAACUCUCAAGACUUUGGUAGAUGGGAAGACUGCGAAUGUCAAGACCAAAGCUGUGUCCUAGAAUUUCAAACAUUUAUUUUCAAUUAUUUUUUUUUUUUCCUCUUCCUCAUCAUGAUUGAGAGUUUGAGAAUGAAUAAAUUGAUGAUUGAUUAUUUGAUUAAAAAAAUUCUUGUGAAAGAAAAAAAGAAAAGAAAUAAUUAUAGUCUGAUGAAUGUUUUAUAUCAGAUUUUCCAACGUUUUUGAAUAAUAAUAAUAUUAAUAAUAUUCUCGGAUGAUAAUGAUGAUGAUAAGAAUGAGAUGAUUCUGAUCUAUGCAAAAAUUUCAAGGCGAGAAAGUUAAAAUAAGACGAAAAUUUUUUUUUUUUGUCUUAUUUGAAUUGACAUUUUUGUUGACAUGAUUCUUUAGAGUGGUAGUAUAAAUAUAUAUAUAUGAAUAGACAGGAUAGCUGCGAUUGGAGAGUUUUGAGAAAAAAAUGAAAAUUUUUUUCAAGAAUGAUUAUGUCGAUGAGAGUGAUUCGGCAAAUGGAGUGUAUUUUUUUUGUUGAUAAUGCAGCAAUUGGGAGAAUGAUUUAUACGCUAGAGAAAUAGCGUUUAGAAUGGUUUGCAACCCGGGUGUAGAUAUUUUUAUUUUUCCUCUACUUUUUUUUUAAUUUCAUUUAAUUUCGAAGCUCAAUAUAAAGAUUAUUUCGAUACAAACGGCGUUCAUUACAAUUGAUGACUAGAAAAAGAAAUUAAACAAAAAAAAAUUUGUUUUCAGCUUUUUUUCUAAAAGAGCUUCAAUUUUAAGUUUUUUUCUGUGAGAUUUACCGAGUCAUCAAUUGUUCAGAUCGCUUUUUGUCUUGGUCUUAAUUUUGCUUUUUUUUGUCUUGCAAUCAUGUCCAUUAAACAAAUUGAAAAUUAUCAGGUACUUAAAUUGCGACUUUUUAUUUCAAUCUCUCUUUUUUGUAAUUGCUAUAUAGAUGAUUUUAAAUUGUGUUCUCGAAAAAUGUAUAUUUCAAGAUUAGGUAAAAAUUGUGUCGCAAAAGAGAGAGAGAGAGAGAAUUUUUAAUACUUUUCAUUUCAUCGAUUUUUUGUACGUCAAUUUCGUUAUUUUGUAUAAAGUAAUUAAUUUUGUAAAAUUCUUACUAAACUUUUUUUUUGUAAAUUUUGUAAAUUUUUGUUAAUAUUUUUACAAAAAAACGAAUUGAAA